AUGGAUGCAGCCAGAUAUGCAAGAAAGAUUUUGCCACUGAGACAGCAGGGCAAUUUGCUGCUUUGCACGAUCCUUUUGGGGAAUACUGCAGUGAAUGCUGCAAUGGCACAGUUGCUGGCUGACUACGCAGGUGGUUUUAUUGGCUUUCUGCUGACGACUGCCAUCAUUGUGAUCCUUUGCGAGAUUGUUCCGCAGUCUGUUUGCACUCGGCAUGGCCUUUUCUUGGGCGCUGCCGGGUCUCCCAUCAUCCGCUUGGCAAUGCUCCUCUUCUAUCCCAUCACAAAGCCGUAUGCUCUUGUAUUGGAUCGGCUCUUUCCCCAACGAGAGAACUUGUUGGACCGGAGCCAGCUCCAAGCACUGGUGGAAUACCAGAAGUCUGCAGCUCCUGGCAUGCUGGCCGAGGGACAAGCAGAGAUGCUGAUAGGAACCUGGAAGUUCUUUGCCUGCGGAGCCCUGGGCAUGGCCCAGAAGACAGUCUCGGAGGUCAUGGUGAAGCUGGAUGCAGCCUGCAGCCUGAGCCCCAAGGAUAUCUUGGACUAUGCCUUCAUUGCACAGGUGGUUCAACAAGGUUUCAGCCGCUUCCCAGUUGUGGAACCCAGCUCCGGACAGGUGGUGGGCUUACUCCAUUGCAAGGACUUGCUCUCCCUUCGGGACCCGGAGUACGACCACCUUGAAGAGGUGCGCGGUAGAUCUGCCACGGUGGGUGAAUUGCUCGAGGCCUUGCGGCAAGCGGGUCGACAUGUCUGGAUGCGUUUCGUGGGCAUUUGGGCUAGAAGUGUGCUCAGCAACCCUUGGGUGACGCUUGCCUUCGUUCUUGCGUUCUGCUGUGCCAUGGGCUGUGCGGCCAGCGCCACAGCAGUGACCAACUUUUCCAAGGUGGUUCCAGCUGACAGGUCUGACGAGGCUCUCGCGGCCACCACGCGUCGUGGACGUUCCAACCCGAAGAGUAUCAAACGCUCCCAAGUCCAUCAACCUGACGAGCAAAAGGCUGUACAGAUGGUCCAGAGUGCUGAACCGGAACUUCCGGAACUCCCCUUCGACAUCUCAGAGGAAGACCAGGUUGAUUUUGAUGAAUCCAAGCUGGCAGUUUACAAGUCCUGGGAGUGGCCAGACCAAGAGGCUCCUGCGAAUUUGCCCUUGCCACCCGGGCGCUAUGAUCAUGAGAGGAACAACCGCCGGGUGCUGAGAUUCGGACGCUCUGCACGGCGGCAUCCAAGGGCUUUCGCCAAUCUCAUUGGGAGAGAGUUGGACGAGACAGAGAAAGGUGAGACUUGA